CGUGACGGCGAGGCGGGAGGCGGCGGUGGCGGCGGCAGCGGCGGCGGCGGCGCGGGGUUCCUUCCUCGUGCUCUACGUUGGGCCCCCCAGCCGCGACCGCCGCCGCCUCGGCUGCAGUCCGAGCCCCGCCGGGCCUGGCUCCGGGGUCCUCUCCCCGCACGACUCCUGCUGGUGUCCCCGGAACAUGGGAGGCUGCUGAGUGCACACCGCGUGUCCAGCUGAGCGUGGUCAGCCCGUGGCCGGGAGGGCGUCCAUGGCUGCAGCCAACAAGGGCAGCAAGCCCAGAGUCCGGAGUAUCCGCUUUGCGGCGGGCCACGAUGCCGAAGGCUCCCAGGGCCACGUCCACUUUGACGAGAAGCUGCACGACUCGGUGGUGAUGGUCACCCAGGAGAGUGACCACAGCUUUCUGGUCAAGGUCGGUUUCCUGAAGAUCCUGCACAAGUACGAGAUCACCUUCACGCUGCCCCCCGUGCACAGGCUGAGCAGCGACACCCGCCAGGCGCCCGUGCCCAGCCUGCACCUCCGGCUCCUCAGCGUCUCGCCCAGCCCGGAAGGCUACAGCGUCAAGUGUGAGUACUCGGCGCACAAGGAGGGCGUGCUCAAGGAGGAGAUGCUGCUGGCCUGCGAGGGCGGCGCGGGCACCUGCGUGCGCGUGACGGUGCAGGCCCGCGUCAUGGACCGCCACCACGGGACGCCCAUGCUGCUGGACGGCGUCAAGUGCGUGGGCGCCGAGCUGGAGUACGACUCGGAGCACAGCGACUGGCACGGCUUCGACUGAGGCCCGCGCCCGCCGCCCGGGCCCUCAGCCUUAAGCCCCGCCUCAUCUCCCCGAAUGCUGCCUGGCGCCGCGGCUUCUUCGCCCCUCCCAGGGGGCGAGGGUGGGGCGCCCGGGGAGCCUCGCCCUCAGCCCCUCACCUCUGCCUUUAUUUGUGCCACCUCCUUGCCUCUCCCGCGUCCUCCGCUCCUGUUGCCUCUGUCUCCUGUCCGCAGAAAUGGGUCGAGCCCUCCCCAAGGGGCUGAGGAGGGGAGGGGGCGAGGGCCCCGGGGUGGGGGGCUUCUCCCAUUCCCCCCACCCCAAGCCAUAGGGCCUCUAGCCAGGGCCCCGCGAGAGGAGGGUGCUGGUGGUGACGCUGCCGCCCGGUACUUUGCUGCUGCCCCGCUUAGCCCCCCUCCUGCUGCGCCCUCUUCCCCACUGCUGUCCAAGGUGAGUUGGAGAGAGGCACCGGCCCCGAGCCCUACCUCCCAGGUCCGUUACUUGGAUUUUAAGUGAUUAGGAUAAAACCAUAAAUAAAACUUCAGUGGCUACCAGA